AUGGAAAAAUUACCCAUAGAAAUUAUAAACGUAAUAGCCCAUUCACUAAAUCAAUUUGAUUUAGUGAGUCUAUCGGGGACGAACAAAAGUUUGCAUCAAAUUCUAAUUCCUAAAUUGUAUAAAUCGAUAACCGUGGAUUCUUCAAAAACACAUCUUCAACACGAUUUAUCAUCCAGAACAACUACUAUUAAGUCCUUACAUUCGUUGAAAUUAUUUUUGAAUAAACUUAUUAAAAACCCUGAGUAUGGUGGAUUUAUAAGACAUCUUGCAUUAAAUAAUGAAAUUCCAGAUAUGUCCGAAAUUAUGUUGAAUAAAUACUUGGAAAUAAUAUUUCCUAUCUUGAAAAAUCUUAACACGUUGAACUGGUUUAUCGUUGACCCGUAUCUUUCCUUCGAAUUAUUGAAGCUUUUACCCUUAGAAAAGCUCUGCACCCUUGGCGGAAAUUUUAAAAAUUUCGAAGUGGUGGAAACCUUGAUUCGUCAACCCCUCAAAGAGUUAGAGAAGUUAGAAAUUUCUGGAUUCAAUACUGCUUCGAAUUUAUCAAAAAUAGACAUGUUGAAGUUUCCUAAUUUGCAUGACUUGACUAUUCUGAAAAAUUCUUGUGGUAAAUCAAAGAGUGUAACCAAUUUAAUUGAGAUUGAUACAAUCGAUGAAAACUACUUGUCAUGCAUUUUUGCUCAUGCACAAAACCUAAAUUUAUCGUCGCUUACAUUAAAGGACAUUUGCAUCACCUCUGUAAAUGCAAAUGAUUUAAUUAGGGCCAUUAAUAUUCCCCAUUUAAAAAAACUUUCGAUAAUUAACUGCACCGAAGUUAUGUUCGAAAAUGAUUCGUUCAUAAGGAGAAGCCCUCCUCCUGUACUCUUCCUAGAUUUGCUAGGAACUCACUUAUCUACUUUAGAGAGACUAGUUUUGAAUUUCCUGAAUGACCUCGCAGAUAAUAAUAGCAUCUUGCGUUUACUUAAUCUGAUAUAUUUGAAUAAGCUUGAUAUACUCAUAACGUGCAAAAAUGGAGAAAGCUUGAACGAAGAUUUAGCGGCCAUAAUUAGUAGCCUCGUAAACCACCCCUUGAAGGAACUAAAAUUAGAUUUCAUUAUACCCAAUACUAAUUACAAAAAAAUAACUGUUCCAAUAACUACAUUAUCCAAUCUCUCGAAGUUGGACCAGCUACAAAUACUAAAGGCCCCAGUUGAACGUCGUCAUUUUGAAAGCUUAUUUCCAAUGAUCUCUGAAUUAAGCAAACUAAUAGUGCUCCAUUUGAUUGUAAAUACACAGAAAAUUCCAACUAAUUCCUUAAUUGAUCAAAAUUAUUUCGAUUUUGCAAUCCCUGGCCUAAGUCACUUACAGGAAAAUCUUUUUGCACAAUUUUAUGACUACUGCAAAGACUUUAAGUUUUGCAAUCAAAACUUGGAAUAUUUAAUUUUUGAAACCCCGAAAAUAUUAAUGUUUGAAUGCCGAAAUAGAAUAGAGUUAGUAGAUAUGUAG